AUGGAGGCCAUCCUCGACAAUAAAGGGCUCUUGCCCUGGAUUAAGGGUAAGAAGAAGAAACCCGAGAUCCAAAUCCUCGGAGACCUCGAAAAGAUCCAAGCACGCGAAGAUGAGAUCGAAGAAUGGGAAAAGAAAGACCGUUCCACGUGCACCAUUAUCAUGAUCAAUCUCGGCAAUGACCAGAUUGUGAAUGUGACAGAAGACAACAUCGGGAAACAUAUUAAGGAGUUAUGCAAGAUCCGAGAAGAGCUACACAUCAUGGAAAAUGAGAUUGACGAUCAGCAAUUUCGUAACGUCAUCAUCACCUCAUUGCCCGAUAGCUGGAUGACGUUCACGGACACCUAUUUCAGAUUCUGA